AUGGUCCCCAUGAAGGUCAUGGUAACCAUGCUCUGGCUACUGGCCCUCCUGGAGACAGGGUGUCUUGGUGCUUCGUUCAAUGCAACCAAACUCUCGGAGGCAAUGUCAGACCAAGACAUGUUUUGGAAACUGCCGACGAUGGUGAAUGAACAACUCGUCGGUCCGUCCGAAGCAGUGGGACCGCCGGCGGCAACGUCGGGUGACGGCAAGUUGCUGAAACUUCUGACGAUCAUGGAUGAACGACUCGAAAAAAUCACAGAUAAGGUUGCAGAGCUGGGCAAGCGUAUGGACGGCGUGGACAGCAAAGUAAAAGAGCUGGAGGAGACAAACGAAGAGACAGCUGCAACAUUGAAGCGUAUGGCUUUGGUCGAGGAUGACGCGGACAGCAAUGAGAUAGAAACGGAGUCGAAAUAUGAGAAGAAAGAUAUCUCGGAUGGGAAGAAAAAGAGAGAGAGAAGAAAGAAAUUCAAGGAAAGGGCCCCAAAAUGGAAGAGCGCGAAGAAUGGAAAAGAAAGUCAGAAACGACGUCGAGCGAAGUGGAUGGACGACAUCUUGGACGAAAGCAGUGAACAUGACGAUUCGGGACUUGAUGAUGACAAGAUCAGUCGAAAGGAAAGCAAGAAACGACGUCGAGGGAAAUGGAUAGACGACAUCUUGGACGAAAGCAGUGAACAUGACGAUUCGGGACUUGAUGACAAGAUCAAUCGAAAGGAAAGCAAGAAACGACGUCGGGGGAAAUGGAUAGACGACAUCUUGGACGAAAGCAGUGAACAUGACGAUUCGGGACUUGAUGACGACAAGAUCAGUCGAAAGGAAAGCAAGAAACGACGUCGGGGGAAAUGGAUAGACGACAUCUUGGACGAAAGCAGUGAACAUGACGAUUCGGGACUUGAUGAUGACAAGAUCAGUCGAAAGGAAAGCAAGAAACGACGUCGAGGGAAAUGGAUAGACGACAUCUUGGACGAAAGCAGUGAACAUGACGAUUCGGGACUUGAUGAUGACAAGAUCAGUCGAAAGGAAAGCAAGAAACGACGUCGAGGGAAAUGGAUAGACGACAUCUUGGACGAAAGCAGUGAACAUGACGAUUCGGGACUUGAUGAUGACAAGAUCAAUCGAAAGGAAAGCAAGAAACGACGUCGAGGGAAAUGGGUGGACGACAUAUUGGACGACAUAUUGGACGAUUUGGGACUUGAUGACGACAAUUACAAGAUCAAAGCACGGAAAGCCAAUCGUUCACGCAAACGAAAGAAACCUUGUUGCUGGUAA